AUUUUUUACUCUGCUUGUUUGAACAGAUGCUGCCCCCUCCUGUAGCCCCCAUCCUCUGGGAUUGCCAUAAGGCUCAGCACAAUGAGCAUCAUGCGUGGGUUCAGCCGUGUCCUCACAAGCCGCUGAGAAUCCACUUUCCUCCCAGCGGAGAGCGUCACAUCGUCCGGUUCCCCCUUUAUAGAAGCCCCGCCCAGAAAUCAGUCGAUGAAUUCAACAUCGUACUCACCAGCGUCUGACCAAUCAGCGCCUGAAGGGGGUGGUCUCGAGACGGUGGUCCGGGAGGACGAUAACCAAUGAAAACGUCUGCUGGUCGGACAAAGGGCUCGCGUCAACAAUCGUUGGUUGCUUGAAUGGGACAUUAUUCAUGUCCACGCGGUUCGUAUUUAAGGAGCCUACCCAAACGACGCUGUUCGCCUCUCGCCUGACCGGGUACAUUAAUACGUAGAGGAAGGGGAGGAGGAGGUCAGCUCCUUUUCUGCGUCCCGGUGUACCGAGAGCUGCCGUUUCAUUUCAUCACCGCCUCCGAGCAGCUCCGUCUUCUCUCUCUCUAGGUACCAGAUUUUAGUAGUAUCUGGUAUUUUAAUGAAGAAGUGCCAACAUUUUUGAUACACAUUUCCUCCUCCACCUCGCCGCUGCCUGACUGUGGAGCUCACGCCGGAGCCGUUAAGAGAGAAGUUUAAACCCUAGCUGCUGCUCAGGAGACUGCGGUUACACCGUCCCACACCUCCCCUUCGCCGUCUCUAGUUGAAGAUUUUUGGAGAAUACCGUCCAAAAGUUUUUGGUUUCUUUUUUUCUGUGUGCCAAGAGGACAGCAAAAGACGCCCGGCAGCAUGACUCGGAGAUCCUGUGCCAUUUACGCCACCGGCUUCAUCUGCGCUCAUCUCCUGAUAGUGGGAAUCGCCCUGGUCGUGGCUCAAGUCUUCCAAACCAUGAUCCACAGCCGCUUAAAAAAGGAAAUUACUUUAACAGAGAAGAGCCAAGUGUUUGAGUCAUGGAAGAAUCCACCUCCACCUGUUUAUAUGGAGUAUUACUUCUUUAACGUCACCAAUCCAGAGGUGUUCAUGGCAGGUGGGAAGGCAUCUGUUAAACAGAUCGGACCUUAUACUUACAGGGAGUACAGGCCACGGGAAAAUGUAACCUUCCUGGAAAAUGGCACCAAGGUUUACGCCUUGAACCCAAAGACUUUUGUCUUUGUGCCUGAGAAGUCCGUCGGAGACCCACAGGUUGACAUCGUCAGGACUGUCAACAUCCCGUUUGUGGCGAUAAUGAACGAGCUGAAGUCCUACUCCUUCUUCUUGCGAACUAUUGUUUCCAUGUACAUGAACGGCCUGGGUAUUGAACUGUUCAUGACCCGCACUGUGCACGAGGUUCUGUGGGGCUUUAAAGACCCUCUUCUCACAAAAGUCCACUCCAUGAAGCCUGAAGUAGAUGAAUAUUUUGGGCUAAUGUGGAAGAAAAACGGCACCCAUGAAGGAGAGUUUGUGUUCCACACCGGUGAGCAGAAUUACUUGGAUUAUGGGAAGAUCGACACGUGGAAUGGCCUGAGGGAAAUGUCGUGGUGGUCAUCCAAUCAGAGCAACAUGAUCAACGGCACCGAUGGCGCAGUUUUCCACCCGCUGAUAAACAGGAACGAGUUGCUCUACAUCUUCGCUGCUGAUCUCUGCAGGUCUAUUCAUUUAGCCUACGUGGAAGACGUGGAGGUGAAAGGGAUUCAAGCGUACCGCUUUGCACCCCCUAAUGACGUCCUCAUGAGCCCCAAAAACAACCCCGCUAACGCGGGCUUCUGUGUGCCAGCUGGUGACUGUCUCGGCACCGGGGUGCUUAAAGUCAGCGUUUGUCGAGAAGGCGCUCCCAUCGUGGUGUCCUUCCCACACUUUUAUCAGGCUGACCCCGCUUACAUCAACGCCAUCGAUGGCCUUAACCCCAACAAGGAGGAGCACGAGACGUAUCUUGAUCUGCAGCCGACGACAGGAGUUCCCAUUCGUGCCUGUAAGAGAGCUCAGCUCAACAUCAUUCUGAAGAGAGUCCAAGGCUUUCCCAAAACGAAGAACAUCACCGAGACCAUUUUCCCCAUCAUGUUCGUCAAUGAGACGGCGACUAUUGACGAUGAGUCAGCAGCCCAGAUGAGGUCACUGCUCCUCAUCGUGACUCUUGUGUCCAACUUCCCCGUCCUCAUCGUGGGCUUGGGCAUCAUCCUGCUGCUCGUGUUUCUCGUCUUGUUCUGCCGAAACCGCCAGAAGAAGAAUGAAGUAAAACGUAUUGAUUUUAAUGAAGCUUUUCAUUCUUUUGCUACGGCGAAAGAUGACACGGCCUACACUCCGGUCAGCGACAAAACGGACGAAUCGUCAGAGACGCCGGCCAGCCAGCCAAUGAAGAACGGUUCCUACAUUGCCAUGUCUCCAGUGGAGGCACAGAAGUGUUGAUCGAGGAUCCCCUCAGGAAGGGGGCUGAGGAAGCAGAA